AUGAUUGUUCAGCGACCCCCAUAUUUAAUGGUUCCUGUCACUCUAAAUACUACAUGGUUUGAUAGUUAUGGUUUGCAAGCUUUGCAGGAUGUAAAUGCACUUCUAGUUCGUGGUCGUCGCUUUGUAGCUCCUCUUAUUCUUGGAAUUACAGCAUUUAUAGCUUUAGCAACUUCCCUUUCGCUUUCUGCUAUAGCCUUAUCUCAAGAAAUUCACACAGCAACUUUUACUGAUCAGUUAUCAAUAAAUGUAUCCAUGGCUUUACCUACACAAGAAAUUAUAGAUAGAAAACUAACGUCUAAGGUUAAUGCUUUAGAAGAAGCUGUUCCCAUGAUUGGUCAGGAACAGACCUCUUUUAAGGACGAAGUAAAUCAAAUACAGUUGAUCCUUGAACAACACAGGUUAGAACUGCACAGGUUCACUUACAGAUUUUUUACGGUACUGCAUAGAAUAUUCUCCCAGAGAAGAUCUUGGCCAGUAUGGAUGGUGAUCCUUAUCUUUCUUGGAGUGACAGCAGUCUUGGGAGUAACUAUUGGUUUCCUUGUUCAUUUUCUGGCAGUGCGAAAUAUUUUCUGUUACCAAGGUGAUUUUCAUAUUUCUGGAGUUACACACAAUGAUAGUUGUGAAAAUGGAGCUUCACAAGCCAGCACAGAUCUGAACAAAAAUAUAGAGACUAAGAUGUCUGAUGUUUUUCAAAAUUCUAGUAUAUAUAAAGAAUAUAUCAACUCUCAGGUCAUCAAACUUCUGUAAAACAUUUCUGUUGUUUCUUGUCCUGAUCCCAAUGGUUCAAGGGUACAGUUACAACUGACAUUCAAGUUUCCUCCAGCAAAAAGGCACAGCAUGAAGACUGAAAUUGAAGCUAUCUUACAUCAGAUAUUGAAAAACAACAUGGCAUCCUGGAAUGCAGUCCAUACUUCCUUUAGACUCAUAGAAAUCAGCAAGGCUAAUGUUGAAAUGCUUACCAAAAACUGUUGUGGAAGACCAGCCAACAGUAUCAUGGCAGGCAACCAAAUUGUGAAUGGGAAGAAUGCCCUGGUGGGGGCAUGGCCAUGACAAGCCAGCAUGAAAUGGAAAGGCCAGCACUUCUGUGGGGCAUCUCUGAUCAGUAGCAGGUGGCUAGUAUCUGCAGCUCACUGCUUUGCUGAGAAAAAUAAUUCAGGAGAUUGGACUGUCAACUUUGGAACUAUAGUAAAUAAACCAUAUAUGACACUGAAAGUCCAAAACAUUAUUUUUCAUGAAAAUUACAGCAGGGCUGUGGUUUUUAAUGAUAUUGUCCUUGUACAGCUUGCUGAAGAAGUCUCUUUUACAAAGUAGGUUCACAGGAUUUGUCUUCCUGAAGCCAAAAUGAAGCUUCCGGAAAAUGCCAGUGUUAUAGUUACCGGACGGGAACACUUUAUGAAUGGUCCUCUUCCAGCGAUACUUCAAGAAGCCUUUGGGAAGGUUAUCGACAACAAAGUUUGCAAUCAUCCACAUUCAUUAUCUGGUCUGGUUACCAACAAAAUGCUAUGUGCUGUGUUUAAGUCAGGAAAAGCUGAUGCCUGUCAGAAUGAUUCUGGUGGACUGCUAGCUUACCCUGACUCUGGAAAAGUCUGGCACCUUGUUGGAAUAGUAAGCUGGGGUGAUGGAUACGCUAAAAAGAAUAAGCCAGGUGUUUAUACUCCAGUCACUGCUUAUCAUGAUUGGAUUACAUCCAAGACUGGGCUCUGA